AAUCCGGGGCAUUACAAUAAGACUGAUCUAAAAUAUACACUUGCGAAAAUCGCCAUCAAGAAACACUUUCAGUAUAGAAUUGAAAAAUCAUGUUCAGAAGCAUUUUGGGCAAAACGCAUAGAUGACAAUUGUUGCUGGUAUAUACGUGCAAGAAGUUCAAAAGUAUCAGACUACUUUCGAGUUAUCAAGUACCAUAAACACCACACAUGCUCCUUAAAUCACAGAAAUUUUGAAAAUAGAUAAGCAAGUGUAAAAGUCAUCAGUAGUUACUUCAAAGAGAAGUUUCGUGACCCAGGAUCAACCUAUCGACCAAGGCAAAUAAUACGAGACAUGAGAGAUGAACAUGGGGUAGGUGUAACGUACAAUAAAGCAUGGAGAGCAAAAGAACUUGCAGUUGAUGAUGUUAGAGGGUCAAAUGAGGAAAGUUAUGCAUUGUUACCUUCAUAUUUGUAUAUGCUAAAGUUGGCCAACCCAGGAACUAUCACAAGAGUAUGUAAAGAUGAAGAAAAAAGGUUUAAAUACAUGUUUAUUGCUUUUGGUGCUUCAUUGGAUGGAUGGAAACACUGUAGACCAGUUAUAGUGGUAGAUGGAACAUUUUUAAAGACGAAAUGUGGAGGUACACUAUAUGCAGCUUGUGUUAAAGAUGGAAACAAUCAAAUUUUUCUGCUCGCCUUUGGAAUUGGGGAUUCAGAAAAUGACAAUGCAUGGAUAUGGUUCUUUACAAGACUAAAAGAAGCAAUAGGAGAUCGAGAAAAUUUGUGCAUAGUAUCUGACAGGCAUAAAAGUAUCAAAAAUGCAAUUGAACAAGUGUAUCCUGGUGUAUAUCAUGGAGUUUGUCUUUAUCAUUUGAAGCAAAAUCUAAGGACUAAGUUUAGGGGAUUACAUGUGCAUGCCAUAUUUGAAACUGCUUCAAGAGUGUACUCAGCUCAAGAAUAUUAUUCUGUCAUGGCUGAAUUACAGAAAAUUAGCCCUGAAAUGACCAGUUAUCUUUUGGAAGCAAAACCAGAAAAAUGGGCUUAGCCAUUCUUUCCAACGAAAAGGUAUAACAUUCUUACAAGUAACAUUGCCGAAUCUAUAAAUGCAGCAAUUGUGCAUGCGAGAGAAUUGCCUAUAACGUCGUUAAUAGAAGCUAUAAGAGAGAUGCUUCAAAGAUGGUUUUCAACAAGAAAAGAAGCAGCAAUCACCCAAUUUAUUGAAGUGACAAAAUGGGCAAAUGAUGAAAUGGAGAUCAAACUUGAUGUGGCAUUUCGAAUGAAGGUAGAUGCAAUUGAUGCAAUGAAAUCUAGUGUGACAUAUGGUGAUCGAGUGUUGGUUGUCGACUUGGAACAACAUAUGUGCACAUGUAAUGAAUUUCAACUAGAGGGAAUUCCAUGUGCACAUGCUAUUGCAACAAUUGAAAGCAAGUACUUGGACAAGUACAAAUUUUGCUCAAAUUGGUAUAAAAAAUCUGUUUUGAAAGAGACAUAUGCAGGAUCAAUUAAUCCUCUUCCAGAUAAAGCUGAUUGGAGUGUCCCAGAUGAAAUUAAAGAAGAUAGCAUGAAAGCUCCAAAAUUCAAAGUAAAACGAGGACGUCCUAAGAAAAAAAGAAUUCCAUCAACAGGAGAAUUUUCCAAGCAUGUUCGAACAAUCAAGUGUGGAAAUUGUGGAAUAUUGGGUGUUUACCGAGGUUUUCAGUAA